CUGUGACUGUAGCAGGACAGCAGGUGAAUGUUAGAGUCAUAAACUGUCAGCCGUCUGAACACUGGUUUUCUGUUAAAUUAGACAUUAACUAGUUGAGCAUUUUUCUAAAUUUAUGCAGGAUCAUGAUAAACUCCUCCAAGUUUUCAUAUUUCACACUGAGUGCCUACUUUGAUACUGGGGUUUUUCAGUACUUAUAUUUCAUGAUUAUUAUGUCUUUGUAUGUUUUUAUAGUUUGUGCCAAUGUUUCUCUGAUUGUGAUUAUCUGUAUGAACAGAAGUUUACAUGAACCUAUGUACCUGUUUCUGAGCAGCCUGUUUGUAAAUGAACUGUAUGGUAGUACAGGGUUGUUUCCAUUCCUUCUGCUUCAGAUUCUCUCUGACAUUCACACUGUUUCUACCCAUUUUUGUUUCCUGCAGAUUUUUUGUUUGUAUACAUAUGUAAAUGUACAGUUUUAUAGUUUAGCCGUCAUGUCUUAUGACAGAUACCUCGCUAUCUGUUGUCCUCUACAAUAUAACAAAUGUAUGACACCUAAUAAAAUCACUGUGCUUAUUGUCCUGACAUGGUUAUUCCCUGUUCUUGCAAUUGUUGUCAUGAUAUCGCUGAACACCUCUUUACAGCUGUGUGGGAACAUUAUCGACCGACUGUACUGUGAGAACUACUCUCUUGUAAAAUUGGCAUGUUAUGACACUACAGUUAAUAACAUUUAUGGACUUAUUUACACUUUCACUGUUUUAACUGGUCUCAUGUUACUAAUCCUUUACACUUACAUCAAGAUUCUUGUGGUUUGUUUUUCUGGUUCUAAACAGACCAGACAAAAAGCUGUCAGUACCUGCACACCUCACCUUGCUUCUCUGUUCAGCUUUUCUUUUGGCUGUUUUAUUGUAGUGUUACAGAGCAGGUUUAAUAUGAGCGGUGCACCCAUUAUGUUGCGCAUUUUUUUAUCUUUAUACUUUAUCACUUGCCAACCACUGUUCAACCCUGUACUGUAUGGACUGAACUUAACCAAAAUCCGCAUCAUAUGUAAAAGUUUUUUCUUUGGUAAAAUGUAAACUACUAAUACUGAAGUCAUGUU